CUUCCGCAACCGCAAGAUGAAGCGCAACGAGCUCGCGGUCAUCGAGCUCUUUGACAGCACAAAACAAGCUGAAGGAGAGCGGGCAGAGCUUCUCGUCGCUGAGCGGUCCAAAGCCGAUUGUGAUGAAGCAGUCCUACAUCUUCCCCUCUGCCGUCACCGCCAUGGGCGUAACUCGCACAGACCAGGGUGUGACGGAGAAGCAGGCGCUCAUCGCCCUGGCCAACGGCGGCAUCCUCGCGCUCAACAAGAAGUGGUUCGACGCACGCAGGCCGGCCACCCCAAAGGCGCAGGAGCGGGUGGUGGAUCUUCCCAAGUACGAACCGCUGCUGGUGGUGAACACGCUCGGCAUCAUCACAUAUGGCCAGACUGUUUCCCGCGUGCGCGACAUUGUGACGGCGCCCUCUGGCCUUGAGUCGACCAGUCUCGUCCUCGCACACGGGCUCGACACAUUCGUCACCAGGGCCAACCCGUCUGGGCAGUUUGACUCGCUGGACCGCAGCUUCAACCGCGUGGCGCUACUGGGCACGCUCGCCGCGCUCAUUGCCGCCACAUACGCGCUCUCCAAGAUCAGCGCGCGGAAGCAGCUGGACAAGGCGUGGCAAUAAACGAUGCCGCUGCGUGUACAUGUGUGCAUGCGUGCGGGUGUUUGUGGUGGCGAUUGUGGUUGUACUUGCGUGCCUGCUGUAUGUUGUUGGGCCAUAGAAUUUGGAGAUGCGACAGUACACACACUGACUGAAGUCGCGGG